AUGGGUUCCAAUGUUAAUAACUUGUUUUUUCUUUCUCUGUUUUGUCUAGCUCUUGUGUCCAUGCAACAAGUUCGAGCAAAAGAGUCAUAUACAAGAGGACGAAAACAGCUAAAUAGUUGUAAUUUAUUCUCUGGAAGUUGGGUGAUUGAUAAUUCUUCCAAACCUCUACUCUAUGACUCUUCAACCUGCCCCUUUCUAGAAUCUCAAUUUGAUUGUAAAAAGUUUGGAAGAAAAGACACUGAGUAUCUUAAAUAUUCUUGGAAGCCAGAUUCAUGUUCCCUACCAAGGUUCAAUGGAGAGGAUUUCUUGAACAAAUGGAAGGAUAAGAAGAUAAUGUUUGUGGGUGAUUCAUUGAGUCUAAACAUGUGGGAAUCGUUAUCUUGUAUGAUUCAUGCAUCUGUACCAAAUGUUACUACAACCUUUUCAAAGAAAGAUCCAAUAUCAACUGUGAUUUUUAAGGACUAUGGAGUGACCUUACAUCUAUACCGCACACCAUAUUUGGUGGACAUUAUCAAGGAAAAUGUUGGGCAAGUGCUUACACUCAAUUCCAUAAAAGCUGGAAAUGCAUGGAUUGGCAUGGACAUGUUGAUCUUCAACUCAUGGCAUUGGUGGAUCCACACUGGAAAAUCACAAAAAUGGGAUUAUAUUAGAGAUGGUGCCAAUCUAGUGAAGAACAUGGACAGAUUGGAUGCAUUUUAUAAAGGAUUAACCACUUGGGCUAAUUGGGUUGAUGCAAAUGUUGAUCCUACCAAAACUAAACUCUUUUUUCAAGGAAUAUCCCCUACUCAUUAUCGAGGCGGAGAUUGGAACGAACCAAAGAAUACAUGUAACGGUGAAGUUGAACCGGUACUCGGGCCAAAAUAUCCAACGCCUUUACCUCCUCCAACUGAUGUAGUGAACAAAGUGUUAAAGAAUAUGAAGAAGCAGGUUUCUCUACUUGAUAUAACACUCCUCUCACAGUUAAGAAAAGAUGCACACCCUUCUGUCUAUACUGAGACUCAUGGUAAUGAUUGCAGUCAUUGGUGUCUACCAGGACUACCAGAUACUUGGAACAUACUCCUAAAUGCAGCUCUAACUACGUGA